GCAGUGGUAAUAACGAGAACAAACUUUAUCUUAAUUAUUAUGAGACUGUUUUCCCUUUAGAGCUCUGCAGCAUUUUAGUGACAAUUUCACGUUCUUCAACUUUUCGCCGUAUAAUUUUCCACCCCCAUUUAAUUAAAUUGCUGUUUUUUUUCUCAUUUCCAGACGGCAUUGAUCGACACGUUACGUCGGUAUUGAUAACUUUUGGAAAAAAAAAGUCAAGUGCAAUGUCUCGGUUUGAAAUUUUCCGGGACUUGACAUCUGCACAGCUCGCACUUGUUUCGUCGCUCCGUUUCUUUGUUUUUGGCACGUUAUUCCGCAUUAUCUCUCUCGAUCUUCUUUCUUGUCAUUCUUGCUCUUUUCGCUCCGCAUUUCUCGUUUGCUUCGCUUAGUUUGGAUGACUUUUUUUUUUUUUUUGGGAGGGGGUGCUGCUGCUUCUGCCGCUGAUGGGGCGGAUAGAGAAUGGUAAUCAAAGCGUGUGAACGGAGGGAAUCCAGCCCAGAUAUUUAGUGCAGCCAGUGAGGAGAAAAAAAAAAAAAAAAAAAAAAAAAAAAAGCUCUUCAAUAUUCCCCAAGAUGGCCGCCGAUGUGGGAUCGAUGUUUCAAUAUUGGAAGAAAUUUGAUCUACGGCGGCUUCAGAAAGAGCUCAACUCGGUGGCAUCGGAGCUGGUGGCCCAGCAAGAAGAGAGCGAGCAUUCCCACAAGCGUCUGGUCGAGCUCAGCCGGGAGUUCAAGAAGAAUGUGCCAGAGGAAAUUCGUGAAAUGGUUGCACCUGUCCUCAAGAGCUUCCAGGCACAGGUGGUAGCACUUAGUAAACGAAGCAAAGAGGCGGAGUCUGCCUUUCUCGGAGUUUACAAGCAGUUAAUCGAAGCGCCAGAUCCGGCGCCAGUGCUAGAGGCGGCCCACAGUCUGGAUGAGCGGUUGCAGCAGCUACAGGGGGGACAGCCUGAGAGCUGCUCGGUCAAGGAGCUCAGCCAACAGUGGAGCAAACACCUGGAGAGACUCGGCAGCCCAGAAGAGUCUGACGAUUCCGCCAUCACCGGAUUGCACACCACGGAGGAGCUCUCGGCCACUGUCCCCAACAGAAAGGCACUUAAACCUGGUGACAGCCACUUGCCAAAGGACGGAGGGCAAAUAAAAAACGCGUUGGACCGAGGGACUGAGGAAGCACAGAAAACGUUGGCCUCCAGGCUGGGAGAAGCUGAAGAGAAAAUCAAAGUCCUUCACACAGCUUUGGUGACCACCCAGAGGGAGCUUCUGGAUCUCAGAUGCAAGUCUGAUGAAGAGGCAGCCUCCAAGGCAGAGGAAGUCGGGCUGAUCAUGACAAAUCUGGAGAAAGCAAAUCAGAGAGCUGAAGCUGCCCAGAGAGAAGUCGACAACCUGAGAGAGCAGCUGGCAACGGUCAACAGCACUGCGCACCUUGGAUGUCACGCCGUUAAAAGUUCAAGUGGGGAGAAUGACGAGUCUUUGAGCUCAGAGUCGAAGAUUGAGUCGGCUCUCACAGCUAAGGACCGGGAGAUCAUGCAGUUACUGAAGGACGUCCAGCGACUGCAGAUCACUCUGCAAGAACUUCAGGAAAGUUCGACGCAUCGCAUUGCCGAGAUUGAGCAGCAGCUCACCUUCAAGACGGAGGCCAUCGAGCGUCUCGAAGCCAAGUUACGAAUGCAAGAAGACUACGAAGAAAUUAAAACUGAGCUCAGCAUCCUCAAAUCUAUGAAACAGGCGUCCGCAAACACCUGCUCUUCCCAGGACCCAUCAAAGGCUGCCGAAGCUCUUCUCCUGGAUAAAGAAGACUUCCUUCCAUCCCAGAAGUUCCUGCUCGAGAAACCCCAUCUCCUUACAAACAGCGAAGAGGACCAUUCAGAAGAGGAGCCGCUGAGGAACUCCCUGUCCUACGCAUCUCCCCAGAGUCACUCGCAGCCUCUCCUGGAAGGACCCUCCUCCCCUGAUGCCGCUCAGCCCCUCCUGGGCGCCAUGUCGGUGCACGAACUCCCGCGACCCUUCUCUUGCUCUCCAUACCCUCCCGAUAAGCUCUCGGUGGAUCCUCUGCUACAGAAGCAGAUGCUCUCCCCGCUCUACAAAAAAGAUAAUGGCAACCUGAUGCCUUUCCCCACCGCCCUCUACGCCGCCAAGGCUGCCCUCAUAUCGGCCAGUAAGAGCCAAGCCACGGCCUGCGGCAACGAAAGCGGCCACCCGAGUGACCAGUCCGAAAGCGGCAGUUCCAGCACCGGUGAGGAUGAGCAGCUGGACACGGCCGAGAUUGCGUACCAAGUGAAGGAGCAGCUUCUGAAACACAACAUCGGCCAGCGUGUCUUCGGACAUUAUGUGCUGGGGCUGUCGCAGGGCUCCGUCAGCGAGAUCCUCGCCCGGCCGAAGCCCUGGAGGAAGCUCACCGUGAAGGGCAAGGAGCCGUUUAUCAAGAUGAAGCAGUUCCUGUCGGACGAGCAGAACAUCUUGGCCCUCAGGACCAUCCAGGUCCGCCAGAGAGGGAGCAUAACUCCAAGGAUCAGAACUCCAGAAACAGGGUCCGAUGAUGCCAUCAAGAGCAUCCUGGAGCAGGCGAAGAAGGAAAUUCAGUCACAAAGAGGAAGUGACGGCAAGUCCCAAUCCGCCGCCACCUCGGCCUGCAGCAGUAAUGGCAGUAGCAGCAACAGCUCCGACGACACCAUCAAGAGCAUCCUGGAGCAGGCCCGACGGGAGAUGCAGGCCCAACAGCAGGCGCUCCUAGAGAUCGAGUCCUGCAACCGAGGGGCCGCAGCCACCCAGGCGGACAGGACUGCACCGUCCGAGCUGAGCAAGGCCUUGCAGCCGGCUGCUUACAUUAAACAGGAAGAGGGGAGCAGCGGGGUGGUGUCCGCCUGUGGCAUUGCGGUCACCGCUUGUGGUCAGACCCCCCUCAGCGUGCUCUCCCCAGCGGCCUUUGUUCAGAGCAUCAUUCGAAAGGUGAAGUCGGAGAUUGGGGAUGCCGGCACCUACUUUGAUCAGCACUGGGCGGCCGAGAGAAGCGUCAUCGCCGGCAGCACCGUGGGCAUCACUUCCCGGCCUCUGACGUCGGUCUCCCCGUCCUUGUCAUCGUCUUCCUCGGCGGGGUACCCCGCCAUGCCACGUCCUUGGCCACUUCACACCGAGAACGGGGAGAGUUUGCCGAAUAGCGAGGAGGCCUCGGCAGCAGAGGAGGAGAUGUCCAAGCUGGUGGACGUGAAAUGUGAGACGGAUGUGUCGAGUGGCUGCGAGUCUCAGGGACUGGGCCGCCUGUCCUACUACCCAGCCUACGUGCCUCGCACUCUAAAGCCAACCGUCCCCCCGCUCACACCCGAGCAGUAUGAGAUGUACAUGUACAGAGAGGUGGACACCAUCGAGCUGACCCGCCAGGUCAAGGAGAAGCUGGCGAAGAAUGGCAUCUGCCAGAGAAUUUUUGGAGAAAAGGUGCUCGGCCUGUCACAGGGGAGUGUGAGUGACAUGCUGUCCCGACCCAAGCCAUGGAGUAAGCUGACUCAGAAAGGACGAGAGCCAUUCAUCCGCAUGCAGCUUUGGCUUUUGGAUCAGUUAGGCCAAGGCAUCAGCCAGACGGCCAGUAACAGCAGCAUGCUGGAUAAGAGUCCGAUGCAAGCCCGCUCCUCCCCAUCUCCGCCACCAAGCCCACUGGAGGAUCAGCCGAGCCCUCAGGGAGAGUCCGUGAGCCUGGCCCUGGAGAGCAGUAAGGAGAACCAGCAUCCCGAGGUCCAGUCCGUGUCGCCAUCCUUACAUGUGGGGAAGACGGCACCCGGGCAGCUCCAUCAUCAUCACCACCACAACCAUCAUCAGCACACACCGCUGGGCAUCCAGGAGCUGGUGGCCAUGUCGCCCGAGCUUGACACUUACUCAAUCACCAAAAGAGUGAAGGAGGUGCUGACCGACAACAAUUUGGGUCAGAGACUGUUUGGAGAGAGCAUCCUGGGCCUGACACAGGGAUCGGUGUCAGAUCUGCUGUCGAGACCCAAACCCUGGCACAAGCUCAGCCUCAAAGGCCGCGAGCCCUUCGUCCGCAUGCAGCUCUGGCUGAACGAUCCGCACAACGUGGAGAAACUGCGUGACAUGAAAAAGAUGGAAAAGAAAGCCUACCUAAAACGGCGCUAUGGUCUCCUGAGCACGGGUUCUGACAGUGACUCCCCCAGCACCCGCUCCGACUGCGUCAGCCCAAGCGUUCUGCCAGGAGACCUCUGCCACUUUGGCCAGGUGAAGAAGCCGCGCGUAGUCCUUGCAGCUGAAGAGAAGGAGGCCCUUAAGAAGGCCUAUCUACUGGAGCCUUAUCCCUCCCAGCACACCAUCGAGUUACUGGCCACCCAGCUCAGCCUCAAGACCAACACCGUCAUCAACUGGUUCCAUAACUACAGAUCCCGCAUGAGGAGGGAGGUGCUCAUUGAGGGGAUGCAGGACAACGACACCGACGCAGAGCCCGGCAACUACAGCAGCAGGUACUCCCAGGGGACGCCCACUCCCCAGACCCCAGACUCGGACACUGAGGACAGGAAGCCAGUGUUCCCCGUGCACGGUGAAAGUUUCCCCGCCCAGAGGCCGAGCUCGGUGCAAGUCAAGCAGGAGACUCCAGACGACAGUAUGCGGGGGGAUGAGAAGAAAGGGCAGGACGAGGAAGAGGAGGAGGAGGAGGAGGUGCAUUGCAGUCGGCAGUGCGUCUCGACCGGAGUGCAGUUUUCGAACCAACUGAAGAGUGAGAGUGAGGAGGAGGAGGAGGAGGAGGCUGCUGGCCCCAAGGAGGACUCCCACACGCAGGCCUGUCCCAAGAAGAACGCGACCACCAGCGAGCUCCAGUUGCGACUGUGCCAGACGGGCACGGGGGGCCCAGACUCGGACGCAUCUGAGACGCCGGUCUUGGACCCCGUCAGCUUCAAAGCAGCCUCCGAACCUUCUCGCAGCAGCCUGGAGGUGUCGCUCAACUCGCCGUCAGCAGCCUCCUCGCCUGGACUCAUGAUGUCUGUCUCCCCUAUCCCGUCCUUCUCAGCGCCCAUAUCCCCCUCUCCACCCAGCACCACCACCACCACGGCCGGCGCGCCGAGCUCCGACUCCCAGCUGCCACCCCAGAACUCCAAGAUGAACAAGAGCACGCAGAGGCGCAACGAGAAGAUGGCCAACUUGAACAAUAUCAUUCACCGGCUCGAGAAAGCGGCCAAUCGCGAGGAGACGCUGGAGUGGGAGUUUUGAAGGCCGCUGCGCCU